UCAAAUCAAUUAUUUAUUAAUGCAUUAGGGAGUUUUCUGUUACAGGGGGUUUACAUAACAUUUACAUGUAUUUAUUAAUUUAACGACAGAACUCAAGUUAUUUUUUAAUGUCUUUUUAACAUUAUAUACUUCGUUAUUUAUGAAUAUUUAUUUAUUUUUCUAGAGAGAAUCUUGCACCUAAAAUGGCUUUUCUCAUCUCUUGCUUAAUUACAAGUUUUAUUACAUGGAUCUUUUUGAUAUUGUUAUUUCGUUAUACUCUGAAAACGCUUUUUAUGUAUAAAGGAUGGAUGUAUGAGCCUCGUAAAGGACCUAUAUCAUUAAAAUCUAAAUUAUGGAUAGCUUUAGUUAAAGCUUUGGAAGGACGAAAUCCACUUUUACAUAGUUAUCAAGCAUCUCUUCCACAUCUUCCAUUGCCAUCAUUAGAUGAUACGAUGAAUCGGUAUUUAAAAAGUGUUAGACCUUUAUUAGAUGAUAAGAAAUAUGAGAGAAUGGAGAAAUUAACAGAAGAAUUCAAAAAUGGAAUUGGAAGAAAACUUCAAAGAUACUUAUGGUUGAAGUCAUGGUGGUCUUCCAAUUAUGUUUCUGAUUGGUGGGAAGAAUAUGUAUAUUUACGAGGACGCUCUCCUCUUAUGGUCAAUAGCAAUUUUUAUGGAAUUGAUGCUCUAUUUGUCCAUCCAACAAAUAAUCAAGCUGCUCGUGCAGCAAACUUGAUUCAUGCCGCUUUCUUAUUCAGGAGGAGCAUAUCGUCACAACAGUUACGUCCAAUAUUAGUACAACACAUUGUGCCUCUCUGUUCUUGGCAGUAUGAAAGAGUGUUUAAUACUGUUCGCCUACCUGGUAUUGAAACAGACAAACUGGUCCAUUUGCCCGACUCCCAGCACGUUGCAGUCUACCAUGCUGGAAGAUUUUUCAAGCUGCCUGUCUAUUACAAGGGUCGCCUUCUGAAGCCUGCUGAAAUCCAAAAACAAAUUGAAAAAAUAAUUAGUGAUACGAGUGCAUCACUCCCUGGUGAAGAGCAUCUUGCAGCUUUAACUGCUUCUGACAGGACAACUUGGGCAAAAGCAAGAACUGAAUUCUUCUAUAAGGGUAUUAACAAGAGUUCUCUUGAUGCUAUUGAAAAGGCAGCAUUUUUUGUUGCUUUAGACGAGGAUGAAUAUGAAUAUGAUCCUGAGGAUUCCACAAAAUUGGACAGAUUUGGUCGAUCUAUGCUCCACGGUAAAGGAUACGAUAGAUGGUUUGACAAAUCAUUUACUAUAAUUAUAGGAAAAAAUGCAAGAGUAGGUUUGAAUGCAGAACAUUCUUGGGCCGACGCUCCGAUAAUGUCUCAUAUGUGGGAAUAUUGUCUUGCACACGAUUUUAUUUAUCUUGGAUAUACAGAUGAAGGAAACACUAGAGGUAGAAGUGAAAAUAAUCUUCCUCCUCCUAUUCGUCUUAAAUGGGAUUUAACACCUGAGUGCAUUCAAGUAAUCAAUAUGUCAGUUGUAGCAUCCCAAGAACUGUUAAAAGAUGUCGAUCUGAAACUUUAUGUACAUAACAGUUAUGGAAAAGGUUUCAUGAAAAAAUGUAGAGUCAGUCCAGAUGCAUACAUACAAAUGGCUCUGCAGUUAGCUUAUUUUCGAGAUGCAGGAAAAUUUAAUCUCACAUAUGAAGCUUCCAUGACUCGCUUGUUUAGAGAAGGAAGAACAGAAACUGUGCGUCCAGUAACUUCAGAGUCUUGCACUUGGGUGAAGGCAAUGUUGGAUCCAGACUGCCCGAUAAAGAAAAAGCAAGAGCUGUUAACAAUUGCUUGCGAUACUCAUCAGAAGGGUUAUCAAGAUGCAAUGUGUGGUAAAGGAAUCGACCGUCAUUUAUUUUGCUUAUACGUCGUAUCUAAAUAUCUAGAAGUUGAUUCGCCAUUCUUAAAAGAGGUUCUAAGUGAACCUUGGCGUCUCUCAACAAGUCAGACUCCACAUGGGCAGACAGAGCUGAUGGAUGUCAUCAGAAAUCCUGAAUACAUAUCUGCCGGAGGUGGAUUUGGACCGGUUGCAGAUGAUGGAUAUGGUGUUUCAUACAUUAUUGCAGGAGAGGAUAUAAUAUUUUUUCAUAUAUCGAGCAAGAAAGCUUCCCCCGAAACAGAUUCGCACAGAUUCGGAAGACAAAUCGAGAGAUCUUUGGCAGACAUGAAACAGCUUUUCGAAAAGAAAUAAUCCAAUCAAUGCACUUCCCACACUUAAUUUUAUCAAACUGUUAUGUUUUUAAUGUUUUCCAGUUGUUGCCACUUAGACUCGAUCUUAAAAAGUUAUCCAGUAUAAAAACAGCUAUUUCAAUUUAUAAUCGAGGACCAGAAUAUUGAAGAAUGCAUUUGAGUUCUGCCAAGCUAGAAAAUUGGACAGACGGGUAUGAAAAGGAUAAGUCAGCAAAUAUCAAUGCAAUUCAUUCUCAGAGGAUAAGCCGACGAGAGGUCGUGCUGCAAUAAAAUCAAUGCAAUUUUAUUAUUUUACUUUCAGACGUCAUUGACCUUUUUGUCACUCUAGAUUUUUUAAAACAAAUUGUGAUUAUUAUUUUUUUUUAUCAUCAUCGAUUUACAGAAAAUAAAUAUUCAUAGCCAUUAUAAAAAAACAAUUGUUUUUAAUUUAAUAUAAAAUUACAUAAAUACAUCCUUCCUUUUGUUAUUUGUGUGUUGUUUAACCCCUAAGUAAAAGGAAGUAUGAAUUGUAGUCGGUAUUUAACCCUGUAUAUCCUUAAUCCUGUUGUUAAUUUGAGAAAAAAUUUAAUAAAGGUUUAUUUAAAAUUACA